CCUACUUCCCAUAUUUUGUUAUAUAACCUUAACAGCACCUCCUUUCCUUUAUCAGUUAGAUUUUCUAACAUAGUAUAACUAAUUUCAUCUUUUCCUGGAGCUGUUUUCCCUAAUUUCUUCAAUGCCCUACUAAGCUCAGUCCCUGAGAAAUGUAUAUUUAGUACCUGGUCCUCUUCAUCUUUCCCUAAAUUAAACUGAUAUCUUCUACAAGUGUUCUCCCUACCUCUUUUCUCCUCUUGGCUUAAAUUGUCUGUGCUGUGGACUUUAAGUAAGGUCCUUGCUAUGACUUCUGCUUUCUCUUUAUUAUUAAUAAUAACCCUCUGCCCAUCCAUCAGCAUUGGAUUUCCAUAUUCUUUUCCAUUUCCUUUAAUUUUUUAAUCAUUCCAUCUUUAUCAGUCCAUCAGCACAGGCAGGUGAAUGAGUGAGUGAGUGAGUGAGUGAGUGAGUGUUUCUGCGGACUCAGUGAUCAGACACACCUGGGCUCACCAGCUGCUCAUCAAGGACCUGUGUGUGUGUGUGUGUGGAGGAGACAUGCUGCCGAACGCCAACACUGUGCCGAAACUCUACCUGUCCGUGAUCGAGGAUGUGCUGGAGAGCGUCAGGGAGCUGUUCCAGGAUGAAGGAGUGGAGGAACGAGUGCUGGAACACCUGAGACAGCUCUGGGAGUCAAAGGUCGUGCAGUCUAAAGCUGUCGAGGGUUUCAUUAAAGACAACAAUCCAUCCAAAUUCGUCCUGCAGCUUCCAGCAAACUACACCCAGAGCCUCCACAAACCCACCGUCGUCAUUCCAGCUGCUGCAAAUGUGCAGAACUUCACCUCUAAAAGCAGCUGUGGGUCAGUGGCCACGUUCUCUCUGCCACCGGGAAUAUCAUAUCCAGUGCAGAUUCCAGCUGGUGUGACGCUGCAGACGGCCUCUGGACACCUCUACAAGGUCAAUGUCCCAGUGAUGGUGACCCGUGGAGCUCAGCACGUUCUGACUCGUCCCGCUCAGGCCCCUGUCACAGUCCCUCAGCCUCCGGCUCGUCUGCCUGACCCAGCUGCCCCGGCCUGCCUGCCCAACACCACUGCCUCAGCCCAUCUCCCUGACCCCGCUGCCCGCCUGCCUGACCCCGCUCCCCCAGCACCACAGACUCCUCUAGACUCCUCUGCCAGCCCCGGAGAGUUCACCCUGGAUGGCAUUGAGUUCAGCCCACAGCCUGUAGACGCCAGCGGCUUCACACCGGCUCAGCACUGCGGGUACAGCAGCUUCCUGAAGGAGCGAGACGCGGAUCCUCCAGACCUGCAGAACAACACCAGUCCUGGCCGACAGCUCAGCUUCAGUCCGCUGCUGGAGAUCCCUCAGCUGGACGGAGCGGCCGACAGCAGCGACUCUCUGGAGGAUGAAGAGGAAGAUGAGGAGGAACUGGGGCUCGUGGGAGAGAAGGAGUUUCUGGGAAUGAUCAGUGCUAAUGAGGAGGAGGAGCUGGAGGAGGAAGAGGAUCCGCUGAACUCUGGAGACGAUGUGAGCGAACAGGACAUCCCGGAGAUCUUCGACACGGAGAACGUCAUCGUCUGCCAGUAUGACAAGAUUCACCGUAGUAAAAACCGCUGGAAGUUUUACCUGAAAGAUGGCGUGAUGUGUUACGGAGGGAAGGAUUAUGUGUUCUCCAAGGCUGUGGGUGAGGCCGAGUGGUGAAACAGCGAACCGAUGCGCUCAGAGCUGAAACCGCUGUAGUUUUCCUUCAUACAGAUGCUGAUUUAUAUUCAUCUAUGAUUGUCUUGAGUUUGGGAUUUCAUACUUCUAUUCUCUAAUACAGAGGCGAAUGUUAGUGCUUGAUGAAAAAAAAGGAAGUUGAACGAGUGUUUGUUUUUUGUUUUUGUUUGUUUUUCCCCUCUUUCUCUGAUAAAUCCAUCAGGAGUGGACAGAGUUCUUCAGUUCAUAUGAUUUCUUGUGUUUGGUUCAUUUGAAACUACCAAACACUCAUAACAGUGCUGUAUUGGAGCUCAUCUGCUGCUUUGCUUUGAGAGAUGAGUUUUGUGUUGUUGCUGCAGAUUAAAAUCAGGAAACCUGUAAGUUCA